AUGAAAAAAACACUAAUUAUCGGUGGCGGCAUGACUGGAGCGGCAUUAGCACGACUACUACAUGAGGCUCAAAUAUCAGCACAGUAUGUAUCACAUAUAGUCAUAUGGGAUCGUAAUAGUAUCUUUGGUGGGCGCGCUAUGGCCAGAUCAUUAGUUAAGCAACGAGAUGUUUAUGUGGAUAUGGGAGCGCAGUAUUGGACACCACAAUCUGAAAUGAAUACGGAUCUUUGUCAAAAUAUGAUCCAGAGUGGUCAAUUGGUGCCUUUUGCGGAGAAAGAAAUUGCUCAGGAUCCAUAUCGAGGAAUUGCUAAGGCGCACUUCAUUUGCUCUGACAGAAAAGGGUUUCGGCAUGUGGUAGAGUACUUACUCGAGGAGACGCAGGCGAGACUGUCUACGCACUUGGAAAGUUUUAAGGUGCUCGAUGCUAAUCAAAUUCAGGUAAAAACUAGCAAAGGAGAGAAGGAGAUUGUAAACGAAUUGGUGUUGACGUGUCCUAUACCAAACGUUUUGUCAAUACUCAAGAAAAGUACAACGUUUCACGUUGCACCAAACAUAUUGCAAGCGUUGGAAGAUGUAAAAUACUCCCAGCGUUUUGCUGCUGCUUACGUCUUCGACAACACCGCGUCUUUAGCAGUGCAAGAAUUUGGUUGGACUGCCAAGUACGUUUCCCGUGACGAAAGCGACAUCAUUCGCUUUUUAUGCUGGGAUCAUUUAAAGAAGCAUACGGGUGGUCAAUUUCCGCCAACUUUAAUUGUGCACACAUCAGUGUCCUUUGGAGCUACGUUCAUGGACGACAGUCGCCCUAACAAUGAAAUCCUUGCCAUCAUCACCAAGUCGUUGCAACAAAUGUUACCGUCACUACCGACUGAGCAUGAUGCGCGUCUGCAUCGUUGGCGAAUUUCUCAGGUGAUUAAACCGUAUCAUGAUCCAAGCAUUGACAAGGGAGAGACUGAGAAAGUGCCUGCUCUUUUGCUUAGUACUAAUCCACGUAUCAUUAUUGCUGGUGACAGUUUUCUUGGUUCUAAGCUUGACAAUUGCCUCAUAUCCGCUAAUGCUGCUGCAAAAUUGCUUCAAGGCAUUUAA